CUUCAUAUCUCAGAUGAAAAUGUCUCACGACUUACACGCCAUGUCUGAAGCCGAUAUCAUCCGUCAUAUGGUCGACAUCGACAAAGUCAUUGAGUCUAACCAGAAGAAUAGACAAUUAUAUAUGGAAGAGUUGACCAAAAGAUACCGCAAUAGUGUCACCGAUUAUCAGGUAAAGCAU